AUGUUGCGAAGGUCGCGCAAGUCGCUGUUGCAGUUGGGUUUCUGCUGUAUAAUCAUCUACUUCAUCGUCUCGCUCCUGCGGCCAUCUGCACCAAAGGUAUUCUCAUGGAACACAAUUCGCUACAAAACAACGGCACAAAGCCUGCCUGAGGCUCGAGGAACAUGUCCUGGCCUCGAGAAAGGCUCUAAGCCUGCUUUGGUGGUUUCGCACGUCAAAGCUGAUGGCGACACUGAGUGGCUGGAACGCCUCUCGUCCAAGUACCAUCUCUGCAUCUAUGAAGUUGAUGCGCCUUCAGAUCCGACCGUCAAAAACCUUCGCGUGCCAGCCAACCGAGGCCACGAGUCCAUCACUUACCUCACCUUCCUGAUCGACAACUACGACUCGAUCCCGCAAGCUGGCGCAGUAUUUGUUCAUGGCAGCAGAUUCCAAUGGCACAAUGACGACCCCUUAUACGACAAUGCUGCCACCUUGGCUGCUCUGAACGUGCCUUCUGCAAUUGCAGUCACUGGCUAUCACAACCUAAGAUGCGAUUGGAACGCAGGAACAUGUCCCAAAGACUUUGGACCACCACAAGGCAGUCUCGAAAACACCAUCAACUCUGUAUUGCAGCCCUGGAGUGCGAGAUCUGUCUCGGACGCCGCCAUGCCACAAGCCUUCGCUGUUUUGUUUGGCGGAAAUGGAUAUCUAAAGCAUGGGAAGAGCAAGGGAUUGAAACUUGGGAGGAGCGAUUCGCUGCGUGCACAAUGCUGUGCCCAAUUCGUCGUCUCAAGAGAAGCAAUACACCGACACUCGCGCGAAGAAUAUGUUGCUGUGCGACAGUGGCUCCUCGACGGCUACGGCAUGUCGAGAAAUUCCAAUGCUGCUCCUCGUGAUGACCGCAUCGCUGGACGAGUGCUGUCGUACCUUUGGCAUAUCCUGUUCAUUCCCCAACAAGAUGGUCCUGUAGACCUGGACGAGUUGAACAAGCAAGCAUGCCCCAGUGCUGCCGACUGCUAUUGUCGACUCUAUGGCAAGUGCGACCUUCGAUGCAACCUUGGAGCUUGCAAUGAUCAGUAUCGCUUGCCUCCACGUAUGCAGCUCCCUAAAGACUGGGCUGAACUGCACAAAAGCGAUGUGUAUGAUAUACAAGAGCCUGGAGUCAAAGCACUUCACGGAAGGUUAUAUCCAAAAGCGUUUGAGCCUUGA